GCAGGCGCGGUCCCCACAAGCAACGCGUUUGUAGGCGGUUAGGUGCGCACGCUCUGUCCCGGCGUGACCUUCCGACCCGGCUGUCCUCACCGCAAUGGCGGCUGUGAGGGCCCUGGUGGGCUCGAGGCUCGCUGCGGCGUCUGCGUUCGCGUCCCUGUCCCCCGGCGGUCGGACGCCUUCCCAGCGCGCAGCCAUUCACCUCUCCGCGCCGCACCCCGCGGCCAAGGUCGCGCUGGUGCUGUCUGGAUGCGGAGUCUACGAUGGGACCGAGAUCCACGAGGCCUCGGCGAUCCUGGUGCACCUGAGCCGUGGAGGGGCCGAAGUCCAGAUCUUUGCUCCUGACGUCCCUCAGAUGCACGUGAUUGACCACACCAAGGGGCAGCCUUCCGAAAGCGAGAGCAGGAAUGUUUUGACCGAGUCUGCAAGGAUCGCCCGUGGCAAGAUCACAGACCUGGCAAAGCUCAGUGCAACCAACCAUGAUGCCGCCAUCUUUCCAGGAGGCUUUGGAGCAGCUAAAAACCUGAGCACCUUUGCCGUGGACGGGAAAGAUUGCAAAGUUAAUAAAGAAGUGGAGCGUGUCCUGAAGGAGUUCCACCAGGCCGGGAAGCCCAUCGGGUGUGAUGCUUCCACGAGCCUCCCCGCACCUGCUCCUUGGUGGUCCCGGAACCCAAUGCUGCACUGUCCAGGUCUCAGCUGCGUCUGGUGCUGGCAUCUGUCCCAGGUUGGAGAAAUCCCUGGAGCAGGGCGAGAGCCGCACUUGCAUUGAUGAACAUCUGUGAGGCACGUGCAAUGGCCGCUCACUACCAGGUUCUGUCAACCAAACAAGGAUAAGGCUCUACCAGAAUCUUCUGUCUGAGCGGGGCUGGAAAAAAAAACCCUCCCCACCCACAGUCACUCACUUAAGGACCCGCCUGGUCACCGUCCCGGGUGACAUGGCGGAGCCACAGGAAGAGGUGCAGGCUCAGAGCUCCCGAAGGAGGUCCCUGCUACAGGCGCAUCACAGCCCAGGUGAAGAUGCCGCCCACGGUCCCCACCUUGGGAUCCCAUCCUUGUCAGAGAAAACGUUCCUGGGAUGAGCGCCCGGAGGGAGGAGCCCAGGGCCCGUUCUUUUGUGACUGGUUCAAAAUCUCAGUGAAACAAGACAGCCCCUGGCAGGUGAACAUGCCUCCCCUGAAAACAGUGUGGGGCGCAAGCCCGUCUCCUCCCCGGUCCAGCCAUGAGGCUCCCCUGGAAACAGCACGGGGCGCAAGCCUGUCUCCUCCCCGGUCCAGCCACAGGGCUCCCCUGAAAACGGUGUGGGGCACAAGCCCGUCUGCUCCCCGGUCCAGCCAUGAGGCUCCCCUGGAAACAGCACGGGGCGCAAGCGCGUCUACUCCCUGGUCCAGCCAUGGGGCUCCUGUGCACGGUGACCCACAGGCUCUUUUUCUCUUUCCUGAGGAAACCUAAAUGCUUUCCCGCUGCAGCUUUCCCUUCCUAAGAGGAGAAGGGGCGUGGCAGUGGUUCUGUGGCUGGGCACACAGUUUCCAUGUCAGCCUGCCUUGAGGUCCCUCCUGCAGCCGGCCCCACCCACCCCUCAGCCAGGUGCCAGAGGCCUGCGUGGCCAGCCAGGGGCUGUUAGGCGGCCCGGCUGCUUAGUGCUGGGACCCCUUCCUUGAAUGCGGUAGUUGAGGUGGGUGCUGGGCUGUGCCAGGAGCCGCUGUGGUAUCUGUAGCUGGCACUUGAUGGCCAGGCGGCUGCACACAGCAUCAGGAGCUCCUGAGACCCUGCUUCCCAGACUUCCUGCCUGCUCGGAGGGUGGCAGGGGCCUUCAUCUCAUAGGCAGCCAGAAGUUGCUUCAGCUUUAGGACAUGCAGUUUUGGGGUGUGGGUUUGUUUUGAGAGAGAGUCUGUCUCUGUUGCCCAGGCUGGAGUGAUCUUGGCUCACUGCAGCCCCCGCCUCCCAGGGUCAAGCCGUUCUCCUGCC